ACCACUACUCGCUCAGUUCUCAGGUCAUAACCACUUUAUCUCUCGUGCUGGAAACAUCGUGUCUUGACAAUUUAUUAACCAGCUCAUAAACCAAAACAUUGGAUAGGAAACAUGGCAGCCUUUUUAGGAGAAACCAACCACAUGGGAAACCACUGCGACUUUUCAUACGAGAUUUGGCCUGAUAUGGAGAGCUUUCUUCAGGAGAUCUGUCCGCCAAACAGCUUUGAGGAGCCAUCAUUUGCCCCAAGGCUUGAGACAUGCUCACCAGCCUCCACAGUGUUCUCGGGAGCGGGAAGCGACGGCAGCACUUGCCUUUCACCGCCUCCAGUCUCGCCAGAGUCCGACGCAUUUGCCCAGGUCUACGAUGAUCUCCUCGAUCUCGACUUCAUCAUCAACAACACAUCUGACCUGGAGGCAUACAGCCCAGAGCCCUCACCAGAGCCAAUCACAGUCCCACAGCAGAUUAAGAUUAAAGAGGAGGCUGCAUCACCGAUUCCAGGUGCCACACCAUCAGACUGCAUUGGACAUUUCUUUGAUGAUAACCUGAACUUCAGUAACGCCUUUGAAGCUAAGGUUUCACCCCAACAGAUCCAACACCAGACACAGCAGCAGCAACAGAAGCACCAGUACCUUCUUACUGGCGAUAUUCACCACAUGCAGCAGCUGCACCAUCAGCAGCAGCAACACCACCAACAACAGCAACAGUAUUUCCAGACCUUCAACGUUCAUCAUCUCCAGAUGGCUUCUCAGCUGCAGCAGCGCUCAGAGGGACAGUCCCUCCCGGAGCCACCACCAUACUCUCAUCAACAUCUGGUAGCACCUCAGAUGACCAGGUUGGCCAUGCCUCAGCAGCAACAGCUACCACAGCAACACAUGAUGCCAACACCACCCAACACACCACCAACCUCACCACUCCUUGACCUCCUCCGCAACACACCAGUCGACACCGCAGUCCCAACAUCUGUCCCUGCCACUCAGAUCGUCCGAAGGAAGGGAAGGCGAACCUGGGGUCGUAAGCGCACCACAUCCCACACUUGCUCGCAUCCAGGAUGCGGUAAGACCUACACCAAGUCAUCUCAUCUCAAGGCUCACAUGCGCACCCAUACCGGUGAGAAGCCUUACCACUGCAACUGGAAGGGAUGCGGCUGGAAGUUCGCCCGAUCUGAUGAACUGACCCGCCACUACCGCAAGCACACUGGUGACCGACCAUUCCAAUGUCACCUGUGUGAACGAGCCUUCUCUCGCUCUGAUCAUCUCUCACUUCACAUGAAACGUCAUAUGUGAAUGAACUGAACUGGUUUAUUUAUCUCGUAAUGCGAACACACUUGCAGAUGGUAAUACUUCUGCUCGUGUCAAAUUGCGGCAUAUACAGCGAAUUGUAUCGUUUUGUCAAAAGUUGGCACAGAAAAAAGUUAUGCACAUUUUGUGUGAUUGUUUGAUAGGUUUUUUUGUAUUUUUGUGACUCAAGAUCAAGUCUGGUUACUUUGAUCUGAGGAAUUUCAGGAAAACUUUGAAAUGAUAUCCUUUUUUGUGACUUUGUAAGCUUUUUUUUGUCAAGUGCCUCUUUGAAGUACAAAUGGUAUUCACAAUAUCGCUUAUGCGCAAUGCCGAAAGCAGCUUCGGACGCCGAAGUGUGACGAAGUUGCUCGAAGCAUGCCGAAAAGAUGCGGUCGAACCGAGGGUUCGUGUAGCGUCGCUCAAGUGUCGCUUGAGCCUCGCGAACGUUCCAACCGACCAAGAUUUCAGACCAAUAAACAGCACCAUGUUGUCCGAAUAAUUCUCAAAACGGAACAUGGGCCGAUCAUUUCCAUCUUCUAUCGGUUUUCAAAAGUGUUUAGGUCAGAAUUUGUUGAGUGUAUACUCUAGAAGAAUAUUUAAAUGAUGUACGUUGAGUGCCUCACCCCAGUACUGCAAUUUGUAUUUGUAAUCAGUGAAAUCAGCAGCAUUUAGCCAACAUCUUUUUGUUUCACAGUGUAUGACAUUUUGUGUUACUGCACUUGUUUAAUUGUUUAUUUGUAAAUAAAAUUUUAUAAGAAAAAGAACGUGAUUGGCGUUGAUCGUCAUAGGAAAAAAAAUCUGAAAACUCGAGACAACUUCUAUUCCUCAAUUCAUGAUCGCGCAAAGCGGUUCAGUUGCCAAAUGUUUAUUUUUAUUAUAUUUAAUUUAUGAAAGCAAAGUGCGAGUCUUAUGAGUUUUCAGAUCAACUCUUAAAUUAUUCGAAACAAUGCCUUAUCUUGCUUUUUCUACAGUUACAUUGUAUCAUCUUCUACAACUCUGCAGGAUUACUUUAAUUUGUUGACUAGAUAUUAUAAGCAGGACUUAAAACAUUUAACAGUAAAUGAAUGUUCAAUUGCGAAAGCAUUUUUUGUUUAUUGAAUUGCGAUGAUCAUUACUGUAUUAUCUGAAAUGUUCCGAUCUUUGCUGAUAAUGUAUUCUUGCAUUUCGUAGCAUCAUGUCGGCGUGGACCACAGUGAAUAAAACCCCACAACCGAUGAGGGAAAUAUUGAAAAUAUAA